AUGGACUCGAAAAGUACACCCAGCAAGAGCUACAGCCAAUUUGCGUGCAUCGGCACUGGCUUCUCGGCCAUCUGCCUCGGCGCGACGCUGAAGCGAUGGUACAACAACGGUGACAUUGUCUUCUUUGAAAAGCACAGCCAGCUAGGCGGCACCUGGUUCGCCAAUACGUAUCCAGGCUGCGCCUGCGAUGUCCCCAGCGUCCUGUACAGCUACUCCUUUGAGCCCAACUCCAACUGGUCGCGCAUCCUCCCCCCUCAGAGCGAACUCUGGGCAUACCUCAAGGGCGUCUCCGACAAAUACUCCCUCACUCCCAAGAUGGCAUUCAACACGACCGUCGAAAAGUGCGAAUGGAUCGACGCCCUGAAGCGCUGGCGCCUUCACGUCCGCCACCAGGCCACAAACACGCUCUACCAUCACGACUGCCAAUUCCUCUUCGCCGCAGCAGGCCAGCUUGCGACCCCUCGCGACAUUGGUGUCCCCGGUGCUGGGUCCUUCUCCGGGCCCAUCUUCCAUUCUUCCCGGUGGCGGCACGACGCGAAUCUCGACGACAAAAACGUCAUCGUCAUCGGCAACGGCUGCACGGCCGCGCAGAUCGUGCCCUCCAUCGUCGACAAGACCAAGCAUCUAACGCAAAUUGUCCGCUCCAAGCACUGGAUCCAGCCUCCCAUCGACGCAUCCUUCCCGACGUUUCUCAUGUACUUGUUCAAAGUCCCUGGUGUAAUGAUGCUCUUACGCUUCAUCGUCUAUCUUCUGGCCGAAAACGAGCUUCGUGGGUUUCCGUUGACGAGCGCAGCAGCCACCUUUCGGAACAGGCGCCGUGCCCAGGCGGAGCGCUACAUGAAGUCGACAGCACCGGUGAAGUAUCACGGCAUGCUGAUACCGGAUUUCGAAAUUGGUUGCAAGAGGCGCAUCUUUGACUCUGGAUAUCUAAAGAGCCUGCAUUCAGAGAAGCUAGAAUUGACCAAUGAGACGAUUCUUGAGAUGGUACCGGAAGGCGUGCGCACGAAAGACAGGCUCAUCAAGGCAGAUGUGAUUGUAUUGGCCAACGGCUACACUACCAACAAGUUUCUGCAAAACAUGGAAGUUGUUGGUAAGAAGAGCAACUUGUCACAGCACUGGGAUGAGUUUGGCGGCGCUGAGGCGUACAACUGCUCUGCGCUCAGCGGGUUUCCCAACUUCUUCAUCCUUCUCGGCCCCAACGCUGCCACGGGACACACGUCGGCCAUCAUGGCCGCGGAAAACUCAGUCAACUACGCCCUGCGCAUCAUCCAGCCUGUUCUCAGUAGCAAGACUGGCGUGGUCGAGCUAAAGAGACAGGCAGAGGAGCAGUACGUCAACCAGAUACAGCAGGAUCUAUCCAAGACGGUGUGGAAUUCGGGGUGCCAGAGCUGGUACGUGCGGCCGACGGAAAAGGGCGGCAAGGCUUGGAAUGCCAUGAGCUAUCCGUAUUCGCAGGCGCAUUACUGGUAUCGGAGUGUGUUUGCCACGUGGAGUGAUUGGACAAUUCAGGCAGAGUAA